AUGAAACAACCACGAGCUAAGAGCAACAAGCAGCCAAACAAGGAUCUGAAAUCCAGAAAUGAAGAACAAACACUACCAGAUCUGAGCAAAUGUUACCUGCAUAUCUCACUUGACGAUUUCAAGAGGAGUGACGGCCAUGUCAGUGAGACCGCAACUGAGGAUAUCGCCGAAAGUACAGGAGGCAUAGAAAGCCGGAGAGUACAUCUCGAUCUUCCCGGGAUCGCUUUGCAGCAAGUUCCUGUGCAUGUCUGA